AUGGCUAAAAAGAAUAAAAAAGAUAAAGAUGCCAAAAAGGCUCGUGCUGAAGCCAAAGCCAAAAAAAAUCAAGCCAAAGCAGAACAGAAGGAUAAAAAAUUGAGUAAAAAAAAUCAAUUGGAAGAAGAAGAUGAUGACAUGGCUAUUGAGGACAUUUUAGAAAACUUCAAGAAACAACAAGAACAGUUCGAAAAAAUCAAUAUUGAAACUGUAUCUAAGCCUACCAAAAGAAUUAAUUCAUGUAUGAUUUCCAAUCCAAUACAUGGUAAAAAUGAAUUGAUUUUAUUUGGUGGUGAAAAUACUUCAACAACUACAACUUUCUACAACGAUCUAUUUACCUAUAAUCCUGAAAACGAUCAAUGGAAGAAAUAUACUUCCCAAAAUUCACCAAUGCCAAGAUCCUCUUCCGCAAUGAUAUCACAUCCAACUGGUAUUGCAUUGCUACAUGGUGGUGAAUUUUCUUCACCAAAACAAAAUACAUUUUAUCAUUAUUCCGAUACUUGGUUAUUAGAUUGUGCAACAAAAGAAUGGUCUAAGGUAGAAAAUAAGAAUGGACCUUCAGCAAGAUCUGGUCAUAGAAUGACAGUUUGGAAAAACUUUAUCAUAUUACAUGGUGGGUUUAGAGAUUUGGGUACAUCUACAACUUACCUCAAAGAUUUAUGGUUAUUUGAUGUCACUAAAUACAAAUGGACUCAAGUGGAAUUUCCGCCAAAUCAUGCGAUUCCUGAUGCAAGAUCUGGUCACUCCUUAAUCCCUACCCAAGAUGGUGCUCUAUUAUGGGGUGGCUAUUGUAAAGUGAAAGCUGGAAAGGGUUUACAAAAAGGUAAGAUUCUUUCAGAUUGUUGGUACCUAAAGAUGAAAUCUGAUGUUAGUGGCAUUAGAUGGGAAAGACGGAAGAAACAAGGGUUUCAACCAUCUCCCAGAGUUGGUUGUUCUAUGGUUCACCAUAAGGGUAGAGGUAUUUUAUUUGGCGGUGUUUUCGAUUUUGAAGAAACGGAAGAAAGCCUUGACUCUUUGUUUUAUAACGAUUUGUUUACAUAUCAAAUUGAAAUAAAUAGAUGGUUCUCAUUAUCCAUGAGAUCGCAAAGAAAAAAGACAAUAAAAAUCGGUCCAAAGACCACAAAGGAUAAAGAAAAGGAAUUACAAGAUAUUUUGAAUUCAAUUUUAAAGAAAAAUAAUUUAACUGACGAUGAUAGUGAAGACCCUAAUGCCAUUGAAGAAGAAUUAAAAAUCAAUGAUGACGAAUCAAAUAGUGAAGAUGAAUCAAAAGAUGGCCAAGUUACAAAGCAAUAUGAAGUUAUGAAUCAAUUGCCUCAUGUAAGAUUUAAUGCAACUACUGCUGUAGUUAACGACACCCUCUAUAUAUUUGGUGGUUCUUGGGAGCUUGGAGAGAAAGAUUAUUCUAUUGAUUCGUUUUAUAGUAUCGAUCUUAAUAAGCUGGAUGGUGUUACAGUUUAUUGGGAAGAUAUGGAAGAGAUUGAAGCUGCUAAGGAAUUAGGGGAGCAAUUUUCUGAUGAAGAAGAUGAAGAUGACGAAGAAGAAGAUGAAGAUGAUGGUGAGGAAGAAAUUGUGGAUCAAAAGUUGGUUGCUGAAGAAGAUGAAGAAGAAGAAGAAAUAGAGGCAGAUGAAGAUGAAAUGGAAAUCCCAGAUCCAAGGCCGUGGUUGCCUCAUCCAAAACCAUUUGAAACACUAAGAGCAUUUUACGUUCGUACGGGUGCAACUUUCCUGGAAUGGGCUAUUUCAAACAAUAGAGACUCUAAAGGUAAACAUCUGAAGAAGAAAUCCUUUGAAUUAACUGAAGAUCGUUGGUGGGAAAGACGUGACCAAGUUCGUAUCGAAGAAGAUAAAAUGGAAGAACUUGGCGGUAUAGAGAAUAUUGUUGAAAGAGAUACCACUCAAGUCAAUAAGAGAAGAUAG